AUGCGCACCGGGUUCUUUGCCAUCCUUUUCGCCUCGGCUGCUGUUUUGGUGUCCGCUGCUCCGUUCCCUCUGUUGCAAGGUGCUGCCGCACACGCACAUCACCAAGCCCAGGCAGACCACCACCUACAGCAAGCAGAAACCCACCUGAACCACGCAGAGACACACAGCAAUCAUGCCAAUACGGCAACAGCAAAUGGUAACCAUCAAGCCGCUGCGCAUCACACAGCCCAAUAUAAUCACCAUAUGCAGCAAUUUGAUCAUCACACUGCUGAACACGAGCGUCACCAAGCCCUGGCCGACCAUCAUGCCCAGUUUGUUCACCACCGGAGCAUAGACGAGUUGGAUUAG